CUGACUCAGCAAUCAUAAUCUUGAUUUCUUCAUCAUCUUACUCAACAAUGGAGGCUGUCAUUAAGUUUUUUCUGGGAAAAUUAACGACUUUAAUAAGCGAUGAGAUAGGUUUGCUAAGUGGAGUUGACGAUGAAGUACGGCAGCUGCAAAAGCAUCUCCAAUGGAUGUCUGAAUCCAUAAAAUAUGCAGAUGAAAAGCGUAGAUCAUCGCAGCUGGUGCGUAUUUGGCUUGGACAAAUUCGUGAAAUAGCUUUUGAUGCAGAAGAUGUGAUUGAUGAGUUCAUAGUCAAAGUACAUCUCCAGCGACUAGAACAGCAACUUAAGAAGAAACCCAGCAUCGGAGCUCACAUCAAGGAAUCAUUGAGAUGUUGUUUUACUACCACCAAACAGUUACCACUUCGGCAUGAGUUUGGAAUUCAAAUCAGGGUGAUCAAUGAUAAGGUGAAGAAGUUGUCAACCACCAAGGACAUGUACAGUCAUUUGCUAGAAAAUGGAGAAAGUGGUUUUGGCACAUCUAUGAAUAAUAUCUCCUCGACAUCGUUGCAAGAGAAGAUCAAGUCAAGACGAGCUGCAAUUGCCAAAGAGGAAUACCGAGAUGCGGCCAACAUUCAUGAGAAUAGCGCGAAGCGGAUCACCAACUCGUUGAUGGGUAAUGAAGGUAACGGCGAUCAAAAGAGACUACGCAUAAUUUCAAUUGUAGGGAUGGGUGGUGUGGGUAAGACUACUCUGGCUAAGAGGGCUUAUAAUGACGACAUUGUUAUGCAAAAUUUUGAAACCUGUGCUUUUGUUUAUGUAUCACAAACUUAUAUUGUGAAAGACCUCUUAAGGAGCAUUAUGAAGAAAUUCUUUUCUGUCUCUAAUGAGGAAGAGGUGUCUUGUUCGAGGCUUUAUAAUUAUUUGCAGGGGAAUAAGUACUUGAUAGUGUUGGAUGACAUCUGGGACACAGAUGCUUGGGAUGGCUUAAAAAGUGCUUUUCCGGAUGAAAAGAACGGAAGCAGAGUACUGCUGACCACUCGCCACAAACAUGUAGCUCGGUAUGCUGAUUCCUCUUGUAGCAGUAACAUCCACGAAUUGGGCGUGAUAACUGAAUUUGAUCAGAGUUGGGAGCUCUUUCUAAAGAAAACAUUUCCAUCAAGCAGCAGCAGUCAACAACCUGUGUGUCCAAAAGAAUUAGAGUACUUGGGAAAGCAGAUGGUGGAGAAGUGUCAUGGAUUGCCUCUCGCAAUUGUGGUGUUAGGAAGUCUCUUAUCAAGCAAAGAAAGGUCAGAGCAUGAAUGGUCUAGGGUAAACGACAGUGUAAAUUGGCAUCUGAGCCAAGGUAAUGAUGCUUAUAAAUGUUCGGGAAUUCUAGCCUUGAGUUAUUAUGACUUGCCCUAUUUCUUGAAGCCGUGCUUUCUUUAUAUGAGCCUUUUUCCUGAAGACAGCGAGAUCCGUGCAACAAAGUUAUAUCAAUAUUGGAUUGCAGAAGGAUUUGUUCAAAAGAGAGAUCAACAAACUCCAGAAGAUGUUGCGGAGGAUUACUUAGUGGAAUUAAUAAGUAGAAGCUUGAUUCAGAUUGACAGAUUCAGAUGUGACGGACGUGUGAAAACAUGUCGCAUUCAUGAUUUACUUCGUGACCUCGCUAUUGCAGAAUCUAAAGAAGAUCAGUUUUCUCAAAUUUUCAGAGGAGUUCAGGAAUUUUAUCUCAAUCAAAGCAAUGUUCGCCGGGUCGCUGUUUGUAGUACUGCUGAUGAUUCUCAGAAGGAGCACUACUUCAACGAAUUACGUCACCUAAUAACAGUUCGUUCUUUGAUGUGUAGGGGCCUACAUUUUAUGCAGCUUGAUUACCUAAAUUCUUCGUUCGGAGGUUUCAAAUUAUUAAGGGUGCUGGAAUUCAGUGGUUCCACUGGGAUUUCUACUGGACAAUUUCCAUCAUUACCAAAGGAGCUCGGAGAACUCCUCCAUUUGAGAUACUUGAGCUUAGAAGAUACUAAGCUAGAAAGAUUGAAUACAAGUUACUUAAGGAAGCUCGUCAAUCUACAAAUUCUCAACCUCAAUCGCUGCGGUACGAAACUUACUCUGGAUGAUAAGAUUGGGAGCUUGCACCAAUUGAGACAUUUAUAUCUAGGCGGCCUUAGCCACGAUACAUCUGGUACAUCUACUGUUUCUAAUCAUUUGGGGAUUGGUAAUCUUACAAAUCUCCAGACACUUCGCAUUGAGGCUGGGAACUGGAUAUAUGGGGGUGCAUUGAAAAACUUGUGUUCUCUUAAAAAAUUGAGGAUAGAUGGCUGUUUAAGUGCACAUUCAGAGGAAAUCUCGGAUGCCAUUAUGAAAUUAGUUGGUCUUAAAUCUUUGCUGCUACAGUCUCUCAAUACUUUAACCGAUGGAGUACCACUGAUAUCCAUCAGCUUCGCAAGCCAUACGAAUCUCCAUAAUCUACUUCUGAAAGGGGAGCUUCAUGCAUGGACAGGAUCUGUUUCAUUCCCACCAAAUCUUACUAAGCUAAUAUUGGAGGAUUCGCGCAUUGUCACGGACCCAAUGGUGAUUCUAGAAAAGCUUCCAAAAUUAACAUUCUUACAUUUGGGAUUUAAAUCUUAUGCUGGAGAGAAAAUGGUUUGCUCAGCAGGAGGUUUCGCAAGUCUUCAAACAUUGAGACUUGUCUCUUUGGAGAGAGUAGAGCAGUGGAUAGUGGAAAAGGGAGCAAUGGAAAAACUUACACGUUUGGAGAUUCUUCUGUGUGGGAAGCUGGCAAAGCUUCCUCUAAAACAGCUGAUUUCACUCCAAAAGUUGAUACUAAAUGCUACACACUACACACCCAGUCAAUGGUCAGAAGCGCCCGAACUUGCCUCCUUAAUAAGACCCUAGAAAGGUUACUAUAUUUUUCAUAUAUGUUGCUGUUUUGUAUUUUAAAUUUUUUUUUUUUUUUCUGAUCAGAAAAUCUGCAACAAGUCGAUUAUGCUGUAACUAUUUUCUUUAGAAUGAAUUCUUUACUAGAG